AUGGAAGAGUGUUCUUCAAGCACGAAAAGAGCACGGCCUAAGGAUGAGUUUAUUCGCUUGGUGUUUUCGUGGUCUCUUGAAGACAUUUUUAAUGAGGAUCUGUACAGAAACCAGGUGGAGAACAUUCCAGAGUUGCAUCAAUCUGUUGAUCAAUAUCUUGGUUCAUAUGUCUUCCCCUUACUGGAAGAAACUCGUGCAGAACUUGCGUCUGCCAUGGACGGUGUCUAUAAUGCUCCUUUUGCUGAGGUGAUAGCUCUUGACCCGGCAACAGCUAACCACACACACACUUUGCUGUAUAAUGUAAAAGUUAACAGAUGGAAAAACAGAUUAGGCCAUGGUGAUAUGGAGCCAUAUAGAACCUUGCCUGGAGAUGUUGUUUUGCUUUCAAAUAGGAAACCUGAAUCGGUUGCUGACUUGCAACAAGUUGGAUGGACAUGGACUUUUGCAUCAGUGACUAAUAAUGUGGACGUUGAGAAUGAUGAUAAUUAUACGUCCACUGAUUUCAAAGUAAAAGCUGAGAAUCGCAUUGAAGUUGAAGAUGGACAGCACAAGUCACUUUAUGUGGUUUUUUUGGCAAACAUAACAGCAAAUCGAAGAAUUUGGAAUGCAUUGUGCAUGCGUAAAAACCUAGAUAUCAUUGAAACAGUAUUGUCCAAGAAUGAUCGGGACGAAGAAGUUUGUGAACUUUGUUCUCUCGAAGGUGAUACACAGUCAGAUAUAAAAAUCGAACCAAAUGCAUUGUUGAAGCUAAAUAAAUCACAAAAUGAGGCAAUAGUGGCUUCUAUUCUGAGAAUGCAAUGUGAGCACAAGCCUUCGGUCAAACUCAUAUGGGGUCCUCCUGGGACUGGGAAGACCAGGACUUUAAGUUCUAUGCUAUUUACUCUCUUGAAAAUGAAUGUAAGAACCCUUGUUUGUGCUCCAACAAAUGUAGCAAUCACAGAUCUGGCUUCUCGAGUGAUCAAACUAAUGAGGGAAUCUUUUGAAGUUGAACCUGAGAAGCUCUUUAGAACUUGUCAUCUGGGUGGCGUCCUUAUCUUUGGGAAUAAGCAUCGUCUGAAAUGUGGUUCAGACAUUGAGGAAAUUUUUCUUGAUUAUCGUGUUGAUAGGCUUGUAGAGUGCUUUGCAUCUCUAACUGGUUGGAAGCACUGUAUAUCUUCCAUGAUUGAUUUUCUGGAGGAUUGUGUUUCUGAAUAUGUGGAAAAUGAGUCGAUAAAAGCUAAACAAAGUCAAGAGGAUGAAGUUCAAAAAUCAAAGGCAAGAAAAGAGAAUGAAGUUAAAAAAUCAGAACCAGUAUCUUUGCUGGAGUUUACUAGAGACAGGUUGCGUCAUACAGCAGUGCCUCUCAGAACAUGUUUGUCGAAAUUAUUUACUCAUUUAUCUAGAAGUUGCUUGGGUGAUCAAAUUUUUCAAUACAUGGUACAACUCGUUUCUUUGCUCGACUCUUUGGAAAUAUUGUUGUUUCAAGACAAAUUGACAUCUGAAGAAUUGGACAAUAUCUUUUCACAUCAGGGAACAGUUGAUUCUUCCCAAUCAUCUGUUGAUGCAUCACCCUUACUCUAUACGAAGACCCAGUGCCUCUCUAUUCUAAAAUCUCUCAAGCGUUCUUUAGAAAAACGUGAUCUCCCAAGUGCGAUUAAUAAAGUCUCUAUAAUGGAAUUCUGUUUCAAAGACGCUUCCUUGAUAUUUUGCACAUCUUCUACUUCAUAUAAGCUACACUCGGUGGAUAUUGAACCAGUCAAAUUGUUGGUAAUCGAUGAAGCUUCUCAUUUAAAUGAGUGUGAAUCAAUUAUCCCUCUUCAGCUCCCAGGCUUGAGGCAUGCUGUUCUAGUUGGAGAUGAAUGUCAGUUACCAGCGACUGUUAUCAGCAAGUUGUCCGAAGAGGUUGGCUUCGGAAGAAGCUUAUUUGGAAGACUGAGUUCAUUGGGUCAUUCUAAGCAUCUGCUUGAUAUGCAAUAUAGAAUGCAUCCAGAAAUUAGCCACUUCACAAAUUCAAAUUUCUAUCUGCAGAAGAUCAUAAAUGCACCCAAUGUGAAAGAUAAAAGCUAUGAACGAAGGUAUCUUCCUGGGAGAAUGUUUGGUCCUUAUUCGUUCAUAAACGUUCUAGAAGGAAAAGAAGAAAUGGAUGAUUUUAGUCAUAGCCGAAGAAAUAUGGUUGAGGUUGCUGUAACUGUAAAGAUAGUGAAAAAACUCUACAAAGGUACGUGUAUGGGUGAAUAUAAGGACAAUGUCUUGCAUCAACUUUUCGUCACCGUCAGUCCAAAACUCUGUUAUGCCAUCAAACAGCACGUGUCUCGGCUGAAAAGCUUUGCUGGUGGUGGACAAUUCUAUAGUGAUGACAGUUCUAUUGAUGUGGAUGAUAUCGAUCAAAUGGCACAAUUUCAGGACAUUCCUGAUUCAUUUGUUGGAAUUAAAUCAGAAAAGUAUCCUCUUGUUAUUACACUUCAAAAGUUCUUAUUGAUGCUCGAUGGUUCCCUGGGUAAUUCAUUCUUUGAGAGGUUUCCAGAUAUGAAGGAUUUUUCUCAAGAUAAAAGAAGUUUGAAAUCUGUGGUAUUGCAAUCUUUCAUGAGGAAAAAGGAGGUUAACUUUGACCAUUUCAAAUCCUUUUAUUGGCCACAUUUCAAUUCAAAGUUGACAAAGAAUCUCGAACCUUCGAGAGUAUAUACUGAGAUAAUGUCUCAUAUAAAAGGAGGCUUGCAAGUGGGGGAGGCAUGUGAUAUUAAGCUAAACAGGGAAGAGUAUGUUUCAUUGUCUGAUAAGAGGGUGUCUACUUUUUGUGCUCAGGAAAGGGAGGCCAUCUAUGAUAUUUUUAAGGACUAUGAGAAAAUGAAGAUGGAGCUUGGUGAAUUUGAUCUUGCUGAUUUGGUGAUCGACCUUCAUCAUCGGCUAAAUAAUGCGAAUUUACAGGGUGGAAAAAUGGACUUUGUAUAUGUUGAUGAAGUGCAAGACCUUACCAUGAGACAAAUUGCUUUAUUUAAAUAUGUUUGCAAAAAUGUUGAUGAAGGCUUUGUAUUUUCAGGCGAUACAGCACAGACUAUUGCAAGAGGAGUUGACUUUAGGUUUGAAGAUGUACGUUGUUUAUUCUACAAGGAGUUUCUAAUGAAAACAAAACAAAUUGAAUGUGGAGUUGUGAUUGAGCCAGGUAGUGAUGAGAAUGCAAUUAUCACUAUUUUUGGAUGUAGAGGAAAUGUUGGAAAAAUGGUAGGUUUUGGCGCUGAGCAGGUCAUAUUAGUGCGUGAUGACUCUGCGAGAAAGGAAAUAUCUAACUGGAUUGGACAUCGAGCUCUUAUUUUGACCAUAGUGGAGUGCAAGGGCCUUGAAUUUCAGGAUGUGUUACUAUUCAACUUCUUUGGCUCUUCACCCCUGAGGAGUCAAUGGAGAGUAAUCUACGAGUUCUUGAAAGAAAAAGACUUGUUUGAUUCCGGUUUUCCCAAGUCGUUUCCAAGUUUUAGCCAAUUAAGACACAAUAUCUUGUGUUCUGAACUAAAACAAUUAUAUGUGGCCAUUACUCAAACAAGGCAAAGAUUAUGGAUUUGUGAAAACGCUGAAGAGCUUUGCAAGCCAAUGCUUGAUUAUUGGAAGAGACUUGGCCUUGUGAAUGUGAGGAAAGUUGAUGAUUCACUAGCACAGGCAAUGCAAAGAGCAAGCAGCCCAGAGGAAUGGAAAUCACAGGGAAUUAAGCUCUUUUGGGAAAAAAAUUAUGAGAUGGCCAUCACGUGCUUCGAAAGAGCUGGAGAACCAACAUGGGAAAAACGAGCUAAAGCUGCUGGCCUUAGGGCAUCUGCUGAUCAUAUGCGUAGUUCAAAUCCCAAUGAGGCCCGUAUAAUGCUUAGAGAGGCUGCCGAAUUAUUUUAUUCAGUUGGCAAAACAGAUUCAGCAGCUGAAUGUUUUUUUGACUUGGAGGAAUAUGAAAGAGCAGGAAGGCUUUAUUUGGAAAAGAGUGGUGAAUCAGAGCUAAGAAAAGCUGGUGAAUGUUUUACUCUAGCUGGACGCUAUGAGCUCGCAGCAAAAGUUUAUGGGAAGGGAAACUUCUUUGUAGAAUGCUUGUUUAAAGAUUUGGACAAAAUUGUGCAGGAGUUUUUGGAGAGUCGUGCUCUGGAAUGUCACAAGUUUGAUGAUAAAGUAUUGUUGGUGAAAUUCGUUCGAGCUUUCCACACAAUGGAAUCCAGACGAAACUUCUUGAAGUCUCUUGACUGCCUUGAAGAGCUUUUGUUUUUGGAGGUAGAUACGGGAAACUUCAUGGAAGCUGCAGAAAUUGCCAAAGUGAUUGGAAAUCUUCUACUUGAGUCGCAGAAUUUACUCGAGGAAGUUAUCUUUCGACAUAUAAGCACAAAAGAUGGACUGACCUAUGGACAAAUUGGGAGGGCUGUGAUGAUAUUGCUUGGGUCAGGCAGGCACAAAAUUGACCUUUAUGAGAUCAUUGUUGAAAGGAUCCCCAAAAACUCGUCUUGGAAAGAAUUCAUUGAGAUUCUCAGGGGGAACACGGAGGCUGAGUCAGAUUCGCUGAUUCAAAAGUUCUAUCAUGCUUUGCAAGAAACUUAUACAGCCAACUGGAGGGUAAAGGACUAUAUAUCACCUAAUUGUUACCUGUAUCUUAUGGAACGCCUUGUUAUUUUGGCAUCUCACUACUGCAGUUCCUUCUUCACUACAAAAUCAUCAUUUGUGGAAUGGUUAGUAUAUCAUCAAUCUCGUGGCAUCCCAAGUUCUAGUUUAGUCACUGACAAGCAACCCUAUUCAAGAAAUGUCUUUGAUUUUGUUAUUAGUGUGGUCCGGCAGUUCCUUUGUAAUGGUAGUGAUACUACACAAUGGAUUAGAGAUUCUAGUAUUAAAUCCUACUAUCCGGUGCUGGUGUUGAGGUUGUUUGUUUUACUGUGCUUGCUCUGUCUCAACUCCAGAAUGUAUUCCAAUGUACUUUUUGAGCUUCUGAGUCUAUCUCACAUCAGAUCCCAGCUUCCAAGAGAAUUCCGUGAAGCUCUUCGAAAGGAAAGGAAUGAUGAUGAUGUGAAUUUAUAUGCAGUUGCUAGAGCAUUCAAAUCAAUUGGGGAUCCUGUUGUCAUUGUCACCUGGGGAGAAAAUGAACGGAAAUUUUUCUGUACUGAUGCCAUUAUUCUUGACAUGAGUUUUUCCCGGAGCAAAAAAGACAUCAUUGAAGUUUUGUUUCCAAGCAGCACAAAAACUUCUCAUGGACAAAUCACUUCGGUUGAAGAAAAUAUGAUUAAAUCGAGCAGUGAACUUCCUGCUAGCAGUGGCAAUCAUGGCAAGACUUCUAUGUCGCCAAAUUUGAAUAUGGAAUCAAAAACAGAUCGGAACUUGAGUACAGGGAAUGGAAAAGAUGGACUGCAGAUGAAUUGGGGAGUUCUUCGGGAAAUAUCUGAUAUAUUGAGGUCUAUGGAAAAUAGAAAAGAUGGAAAUCUGAAGAUCCUUGCAAUGGAGAAGAAGGUACAAGUGGAGAAGAUUAUUAACAUCUUAGCCACUGAAAUGAUCCAUAUCUCGGAUGAGAAAUCUCCUGCUGGUGAAGAUAAUAACACGCUGGGUGAAGCCAUCAACGCAAUUGAGGAACUGAAGCAGAUUUCUUCUUUGAUUACAAGUGACUUGGAAGAGAAAGAGACUUCGACGAUUGAAGGACUUUUGAAAAGCUUGGAGUCAAGAAUGCCUAAACUCGAUAUAUAUCUUAGUCGGUUCAUUGUGCAGAAUGAUACAAUAGAAAAAAAUCAAAGUGUUGUAUCUUGUGAUGGGGAAAUUUCUAACAGUAAUAGUACCGAAUACAGCACGAAAAAUUUACCCAUCACUGUUGCUCCCGAAACACAAGGUAAGCCGGACCAGGUCAGUGAAGGCAAGCAAGGAAAAGGAAAGGGCAAGAAUAGAAAGGGAAAGAAAUCGAAAGGUCGGAAAAAAUAA